UCACUACCAACCUUUUGGCUCUCUAGUCUCCCCCUUCUCUCUCUUUCUCUCUCUCUCUCUCUCUGUGACUGAGCUCGCUAAUGGCCGCUGGUUCCAACGAACUCUAGAAACCCUAACCCUAAACCUAGCCGCCAUGGACGUUCUUCUGAUCCUCCUCGUCCUACUCCCUCUACAGCUAAGUUUCAGUGCUCUACAACCAGACAUCAAGCUCUUGAUCUCCUUCAAGAGCUCGCUCCCUAACCCUCAGACCCUCCCGACCUGGAGCUCCAAUGGAGACCCUUGCGCUUCCUUCUCCGGUGUCACCUGCAUCUCUGGCCGUGUUGCUGUCGUGGACCUCACCGGCGUCGCUCUCACCUCCGACUUCCACGCUGUCACCAGCUAUCUUCUUGCGUUGGAUAACCUCCAGAGCUUGUUCCUCAAGUCAACGAACCUCACCGGAACUCUCGCCGGCGGUCGCUGCAGCGGGGGCCAGCUCGCCGUACUGGAUCUAUCCGAGAAUGGCCUGAAGAGCUCUCUCGCCGACCUGCUUUCUUUUGCUGCUUCCUGCUCGAGCUUAACGCUCCUGAAUCUCUCCACCAACUUUAUCACCGGCGGCGGGAAGGGCAUCGCCGGCGCCGGCGCCGGUACUUCCUUCGAGACACUCGACCUCUCAUUCAACCAAAUCUCCGAUGUGGAAGACCUGCAUCAGCUUCUCUCGCUCCCCGGCAUCCUGCGUCUCAACCUCACCGGCAACGGCCUUUCCGGCCAAAUCCCGGCGAUCACCAACGGCUCCUCUCUCCAGCAUCUCGAUCUCUCGUCGAACAAUCUCUACGGUGAGAUCGGUGCCGGAGUUUUCGCCGGCUGCCGGAGUCUUUUGUCCCUCAACCUUUCUUCCAACCACUUCACUGGUACGCUUCCCGCCGACCUCUCCUCUUGCUACUCUCUCACCUCUCUCAGCCUCUCUAAUAACAACUUCUCCGGCGAGAUCCCCGUCGAAACUCUAACCUCCCUGCCGGACCUCAUAACCCUCGAGUUCGCCUUCAAUAACCUCUCCGGCAAGCUCCCUGACACUCUCUCAAAGCUCACCAAGCUCGAGCUCCUCGAUCUCAGCUCCAAUGGCUUCUUUGGUUCCAUCCCCUCCGGCCUUUGCCAGUCCCCGGCGACCAGCUUGAGAGAGCUGUACCUCCAGAACAACAUCUUCACUGGCCUCGUCCCUCCAUCCCUAAGCAACUGCUCCAUGCUUGUCUCUCUCGAUCUCAGCUUCAACUAUCUCCACGGUGCCAUCCCGGCAUCUCUGGGCUCAUUAUCUCGCCUGCGGGACCUGAUCAUGUGGCAGAACCUCCUCUCCGGCGAGAUCCCCAGCGAGCUCACCCUCGCCCAGAGCUUAGAGAACCUCAUCCUUGACAACAAUGGCCUCCAGGGUACCAUCCCUGAAGGUCUCGUGAACUGCUCCAACUUGAACUGGAUCUCCCUCUCAAGCAACAAGCUAAGCGGCCCGAUCCCUUCGUGGCUCGGUCGUCUCUCCAACCUUGCCAUUCUCAAGCUGGGCAACAACUCUUUCUCCGGUCCGAUCCCGCCGGAGCUUGGAGAUUGCAAGAGCUUGAUCUGGCUUGACCUCAACAGCAACUCCUUGAACGGCACCAUUCCGGCCACUCUCUCCAAGCAGUCCGGCAACAUCGCCGUCGGUCUGGUGACCGGAAAGCGAUACGUUUAUCUCAAGAACGAUGGUAGCACUGAGUGCCAUGGCGCCGGCAACCUCCUGGAGUUUGCCGGCAUUCGCCCUGACCAACUCAGCCGUCUCCCCAGCCGUCGGUUUUGCAACUUCACAAGGGUCUACAUGGGCAACACUCGCUACACCUUCAAAAACAAUGGCUCCAUGAUCUUCCUGGAUCUCUCCUACAACCAGCUCUCCGGCGAAAUCCCCAGGCCACUCGGUUCCAUGUACUAUCUCAUGAUCCUCAACCUCGGCCACAACUUGCUCUCCGGCAGCAUCCCUCCGGCCUUAGGCGGGUUGCGUUACGUUGCCGUGCUUGACCUCUCCCAUAACUUGCUUGAAGGCCCCAUCCCUAGUACGUUCUCUGGUCUCGCCAUGCUCUCUGAGAUCGAUCUUUCAAAUAACCAGCUCAAUGGCUCCAUCCCUCAGCUUGGCCAGCUCGCCACAUUCCCUCGGUACCGGUAUGAGAACAACUCUGGUCUCUGUGGCUUCCCCUUGCCUUCUUGUGACGAUGGGCCGAGUAGUGGGGACAACGGCCAGCGCCGCAAGUCUCACCGAUGGCAGGCCUCUCUUGCUGGCAGCAUUGCCAUGGGAUUGCUCUUCUCUUUGUUCUGUAUUCUUGGACUGAUCCUCGUUUUCUUUGAGAGCAAGAAGAGAAGACAGAGGAGGAAAGAUAUCAGCAAUGUCAGCACCCGGGAUGUCGAUAGUCGCUCACAUUCUGGCACCGCUACCACUGCCUGGAAACUUACCGCCACCAAGGAUGCCAUGAACAUUAAUCUCUCCACCUUUGACAAGCCUCUUCGAAAGCUCACCUUUGCUGAUCUCCUUGAAGCCACCAAUGGCUUCCACAAUGAUAGCCUCAUUGGUUCCGGUGGCUUUGGAGAUGUCUACAAAGCUCAGCUUAAAGAUGGCAGUGUGGUUGCCAUCAAGAAACUCAUUCACAUCAGUGGUCAGGGUGAUAGGGAGUUCACAGCAGAGAUGGAAACCAUUGGAAAGAUUAAGCAUCGCAAUCUUGUUCCAUUGCUUGGUUACUGCAGGGUUGGUGAAGAGCGUCUAUUAGUUUAUGAAUACAUGAAGUAUGGAAGCUUAGAAGAUGUUCUCCGGGACCGAAGAAGAGCAGGAAUCAAGUUAAACUGGGCUGCGAGGAGGAAAAUCGCCAUUGGUGCGGCCAGAGGUCUUGCAUUCCUCCACCACAACUGCUUCCCUCAUAUAAUUCACAGGGAUAUGAAGUCGAGCAAUGUGCUCCUUGAUGACAAUCUUGAAGCCAGGGUCUCUGAUUUUGGUAUGGCGAGGAUGAUGAAUGCAGUGGACACUCACCUUAGUGUAUCUACUCUCGCUGGCACACCCGGCUAUGUCCCGCCGGAGUACUACCAGAGUUUCCGAUGCACAACCAAAGGUGAUGUUUACAGUUAUGGAGUUGUUCUGCUGGAGCUUCUCACAGGGAAGCAACCAACUGACUCAUCGGAUUUUGGGGACAACAACUUGGUAGGGUGGGUGAAACAACACUCCAAGCUGAGAAUAAUUGAUGUGUUUGAUCCUGAACUCCUCAAGGAGGAUCCAUCUCUGGAGUUGGAGCUCCUGGAACAUCUAAAAAUUGCAUGUUCAUGCUUAGAUGACAGGCCUAUGCGCAGACCCACAAUGCUCAAGGUCAUGGCAAUGUUCAAGGAGAUUCAAGCUGGUUCCACAGUUGAUUCCACGCCUUCGGCCACCACCACUGAAGGCACCACAACCUUCACAGUGGUGGACAUGAAGAUGAAUGGAGGGUUAAAAGUUUGAAAUUGCUAACAAUGUGGGAUGAAGAAGAUGAUGAUUGUAAUGAUGAUGAUGAUGAUGAUGAUUGCUAUUCUUUUUCACAGGGACGAGACCACGCCAUUGAUCCAGAGCUCUUCCUUCUUCCACGGUACAACAAGAAAAUUUUCUCCAGUUCUAGUUUUAUCAAUGAAUGUAUUAUAUUUCCUUUAUAUAAAUCCCCAGCUAUUUUCCAUACAUGCACCUUAGUAAGAGGAGAGUUGUUGCUGCUACUAGUGCUACUACUACUACUGCUACUGCCACUACUACCUUAUCUGUUUGUACAUACAAACUGUUGCAAUAACUUGGUUUUUGGUUAUUUAAUCUCACUUUUUUC